CGUUUAUUGCUCCGAAUCGUAUUCAUACCCGCAUUAAUAAGUUCACUUUUGAAGAGAUCGCAUAUACUUAUUCCCUUAUUCCGUACUUGGCUUACGUAUUGCUUGUGAUAGAUAUUUUCUUUUGAAAAUUUUGAUAUUGCUAUCGUUGCUAAUUAGUGAUUACAACUAGAAACAUUGUAGUGAAAUGGCCGCUCUAUCGCAGCUGAUCAAAUCAGCGAUCCGACCGGCAUGUCGUGCGCUGUCUUCGAAAGCCGCUCCCGCCGCGGAGGCAUCCCCACUGGGCCCUAGCUUUGCCCUAUCCGAUGAGCAGACCGAGAUCGUGGACAUGACGAAAAAGUUUGUGCGGGAGGAGAUCAUUCCGGUAGCCGCCGGGUACGACAAAUCAGGCGAUUACCCGUGGCCAAUCAUAAAGCGGGCCUGGGAGCUGGGACUAAUGAACAAUCAUGUUCCUGCUGAGCUUGGUGGCACCGAAAUGUCCAUCAUGACCAGCUGUCUAAUCGCGGAAGAACUAGCCUAUGGCUGUACCGGUAUUAUGACUGCACUCGAAGCCAGCGGUCUGGGUCAAACUCCAGUCAUCUUGGCCGGUAACGCCGAACAGAAGAAGAAAUACCUCGGCCGGUUAAUCGAGGAACCACUGGUUGCGGCGUACUGCGUUACGGAACCCGGAGCUGGUUCGGACGUCAACGGGGUCCGAACGCGAGCGGAAAAGAAGGGUGACGAAUGGGUUUUGAACGGGCAGAAAAUGUGGAUCACCAACGGUGGCGUUGCCAACUGGUACUUUGUCCUAGCACGUACCAAUUCCGAUCCCAAGUGUCCGGCGUCGAAAGCAUUCACCGGAUUCAUUGUAGAACGGGACACUCCUGGAUUGACCCCUGGCCGUAAGGAACAGAACAUGGGUCAGCGUGCGUCCGAUACACGUGGCAUCACAUUCGAGGACGUUCGAGUUCCGAAGGAAAACGUACUGAUUGGGGAGGGUGCUGGGUUCAAAAUCGCUAUGGGUACGUUCGAUAAGACCCGACCACCGGUGGCAGCCGGUGCCGUGGGGUUGGCCCAGCGUUGUCUCGACGAAGCAAUGAAAUACUCACUGGAACGGAAAACUUUUGGUGUUCCAAUUGCUGCCCAUCAGGCGGUGUCCUUCAUGCUCGCCGAUAUGGCUAUUGGAGUGGAAACGGCGCGACUGAUCACGAUGAAAUCCGCCUGGGAGGUAGAUCAAGGCCGAAGGAAUAGUUACUAUGCGUCGAUUGCAAAGUGCUACGCGGCAGACAUGGCGAACAAGGUGGCUUCCGAUGCGGUACAAAUUUUCGGUGGCAACGGAUUCAACACGGAAUACCCGGUGGAAAAGCUGAUGCGCGAUGCUAAGAUCUAUCAGAUUUACGAGGGUACCUCACAGAUUCAGAGAUUAAUCAUUUCCAGGAACAUGAUUGAUACGGCGAAGGGAAAGGCUUUGUAAAAUAGUUUAGAAUCGGUUUGGCUUGGUAGCUUUUAUAUAAAAUUGCACUAAUCAAAUGGUGAUAGAUGAUUGUAAUAAAGUUUACUAGAAGAAAAACAAACUGGUGCGACAUACUGUGUACCAUGUAAACGCAAUAAAUAUGGCUGAAUAUUUCAGCUUUUUCUGUUUUC